CUAAAAUAUGCACGCGCUUGCGCACAAUCGAAUUUGUCUAUAAGUACAAAAACAAAAUCUCUAAAAUAUUAAUGAAGUGUAACCAAAUACUUAUUAUCGCAAACUCAUCUAAGGUCAACAAAACGCCGUUGCGACAACUAACAAGCAGUUCUAUUUUAAAACGAAGAUGAAACGGACGUUAACGCUACUCGUUCUACUCGCUUGGUGUGCCUUAAAUCGAUGCGCAACGGAUGCAGAUAGCGAAGAAGACGACGCUGAAUUGGAAUUUAUCGAAGUGGGAAGUGAUGCAUCCCAGCCUAUCGUAACUGUUAUAGAUCUCACCAACACUACUUUAAUCAGUCAACCCAGCAAUAAUACUAUCUCGACUCCCAGCAUUGUAUUGCCCACGAAUCAUCGAAUUGUUGGUGGCCGCCAGAUCUCCAUCAGCGAAGUACCCUGGCAGGCGGCUGUAAUACAAUCAACCACUUUCGUUUGUGGUGGUUCAGUUAUCGGCGAAUAUUGGGUACUGACCGCCGCUCAUUGCGUCUAUGGUAAUGGUGGUAAAAGGUAUGCGGUACGCGUAGGCUCUAACAAAUUCAAAACCGGCGGCCAGUUGCGCAUUAUCAAUCGUAUCUUCUUUCAUGGUAGUUACAAUCCUAAAACUUCUGCUAAUGAUAUAGCCUUGUUACGUACAAAACGACCAUUCAAUUUUAAUUCAAAUGUACAAGCCGUCGAACUGGCGACGAGUACAAACGAGCCGACUUCAUAUUUAAUAAGUGGUUGGGGUACAGUAACCGAGGGUAAGUUUCGUCCAACGAAAUAUUUGCGUGGGGUCAAUGUGUUUCGAGUGAAUAAAAGGUCAUGUUCAACUUCAUACCGAGGAAUAAGUAAAAUUACGAGGAAACAGUUAUGUGCCUCUGCUCCAAAACAGGAUAGCUGUCAGGGCGAUUCUGGAGGCGCUUUGACAACCCAAGGCAUACAGUACGGUAUUGUGUCUUUUGGUUAUGGCUGCGCGCGCGCUGGCUACCCCGGAGUUUACACCAAGGUAUCAAGUUAUAGAACCUGGAUUACGACAGUAACAGGCACAUUAAACACAAAUAAUUAAAUAUGCAAAAGUUGUAACUAGCAAUAAGUUGAAAAUUGUAUAAACAAUUAAUAUAAAAU